AUGCCCAAAACACCGCCUGCAGGUGUAGUGGUCACUUCACAGUGCCCGGAGAUCCCUGGGCCUCACACACGUUGGCGGAAGGUUGACCUGAAACGGAGAAGACUGCACAAGCUGGGCGUGUCAAAGGUGACCCAGGUGGAUUUCCUGCCUAGGGAAGUAGUGUCCUACUCCAAGGAGACACAGACUCCCCUCGCCACUCACCAGUCUGAAGAGGAUGAGGAAGAUGAGGAGAUGGUGGAACCCAAAAUUGGUCAUGAUUCUGAACUGGAAAAUCAAGACAAAAAGCAGGAGGCAAAGGAAGCCCCUCCAAGAGAGCUGACAGAGGAAGAAAAGCAGCAGAUCCUACACUCGGAGGAAUUCCUCAUCUUCUUUGACCGGACGAUCCGAGUGAUUGAAAGAGCGCUAGCUGAGGAUUCCGACAUCUUUUUUGACUACAGUGGUCGAGAGUUGGAGGAGAAAGAUGGGGAUGUUCAGGCCGGAUCCAACCUUUCUUUCAGUCGUCAGUUCUAUGAUGAGCAUUGGUCCAAGCAUCGAGUGGUCACUUGCAUGGACUGGUCUCUCCAGUACCCCGAGCUGAUGGUUGCUUCUUACAACAACAAUGAAGAUGCUCCCCAUGAGCCAGAUGGCGUGGCCCUGGUUUGGAACAUGAAGUUCAAGAAAACCACACCAGAAUAUGUUUUCCACUGCCAGUCCUCUGUGAUGUCAGUCUGCUUUGCCCGUUUUCAUCCUAAUUUGGUGGUUGGUGGCACCUAUUCAGGCCAGAUUGUCCUCUGGGACAAUCGCAGUCAUCGAAGGACCCCUGUCCAGCGGACCCCCUUGUCAGCUGCUGCACACACACACCCUGUGUACUGUGUCAAUGUUGUUGGGACCCAGAAUGCUCACAACCUCAUCACUGUCUCUACUGAUGGCAAGAUGUGUUCCUGGAGCCUGGACAUGCUCUCAACCCCACAGGAGAGCAUGGAGCUGGUGUACAAUAAGUCCAAGCCUGUCGCUGUUACGGGAAUGGCUUUCCCAACGGGAGAUGUCAACAACUUCGUGGUUGGCAGCGAGGAAGGUACCGUCUACACAGCUUGUCGUCAUGGAAGCAAAGCAGGCAUCGGUGAGGUCUUUGAAGGUCACCAAGGGCCAGUGACAGGUAUUAACUGCCACAUGGCAGUGGGCCCCAUCGACUUUUCUCAUCUGUUUGUCACAUCAUCAUUCGACUGGACUGUCAAACUGUGGACCACAAAGCACAACAAGCCGCUCUACUCCUUUGAAGACAAUGCGGACUAUGUAUACGAUGUCACGUGGUCCCCUGUGCAUCCCGCGCUCUUUGCCUGCGUGGACGGGAUGGGGCGCUUGGACCUCUGGAACCUCAACAGUGACACCGAGGUGCCAACAGCAACCGUGGCCGUGGAGGGUGCGUCUGCCCUAAACCGCGUUCGCUGGGCACAAGGUGGCAAGGAGGUUGCAGUCGGGGACUCGGAAGGCCGCAUUUGGAUCUACGACGUUGGGGAGCUUGCCGUUCCCCACAAUGACGAAUGGACACGAUUUGCCCGGACCCUGGUGGAGAUUCGCGCCAACAGGGCUGACAGCGAAGAGGAAGGGGCUGUUGAGUUAGCGGCCUAGAUGUGUGGUGGCGAGCCUGCCGCGGUGCCCCCACCCCCCAUCCUUCCGUGCUAGAACGCAGAGUCUGCAGUCCAGGCCUCCAUGCUAUGUUUGGCGUCCUCUCAGUAGGAGUGUCUCUGUGGCGUUUUGGGUGCCAUACUGUGCAGUGUUACCCCGUGUAUUCCACGUGUACCGAUCCACCCGAAACCCACCAACAGCAUCUCUACCUUUGUGUCUCUGUCUCAAAAACAAAAGGGGGAGGGAAGCCUGGGGGGGGGGGGGUUAGUUGUUGCCUUUUAACUACUUGGUAGCUGUGUUUAAUAGCUGGAAACCUCUGGUUGAAUUUGUGCUUACAUGUACUUCUGGCAUAGUCCUAUUAAAUCCAUAUGAAGCCAGAUAUGAUUGGGUGCAGAUGUGGUGUGCCUCAUGAUAUGGUCCAGGGCCAAAGACUCGAGAUGUGGUGUUUUACAUGGUGGCUCACAUUAUGAAUGGAUUUACUACAAGAACGUUGCUGCUCCUUAUUUAUUGUAACGUGCUGCAUGGAACAUAUUUAUUUGAAAGCAUUAAAAUAAACGAUCUUAGAGCAUGUGCGUAAUCAGAGGACUGUAUUCUCUCUGCUGCUGCCGAGGUUACAUUAAGUUCCAAAUAACAAUUACAGUAUGCCAGUUCCACUGAGAACACGGAGUCUUUCGAGGUUUGUUGCAGUGAGUGGAACGAAUUUUAAUGCCUAUUAUUUCUAGGUACUUUAACAAUAUUUCAAAUAUAGUUGACCACGGAUACUUGUCAUUCAAGCUGGCACAGCCCUCCAAAAGUCUGCGGUUCCUAAAUAUGACACUGGUAUUACCAAUCAAAUGUUCCCAACCAGGUUUGUAUCGCCGUGGGUAAAUGUUUGCUUCGUAGAAAACCUGACACGCAGUAUGCUUUGACAAGGGAUUGGUGAGAUACGUGCGGACGGACCAUGUGAAAGACUGAACAUGACUGACAUGGGGCCAAUCUGGUGCCCUUAAAUCAAAGCUCCUACUUUGAUUUUUUUAUAGGGCUACGUGUGUGGUUUUGUUGUCGUCGUUGUUUCUUUUUAACGGUUAUUUGUUUGUUUUUUGGGGAUAGAUACUCCCUUGCCUCUGUCACCAAAGGCACUGAGUUGAAAAACCAUGUUCCAUGGUGGAAUAAGAAAGCGCAGGUUGAGAUAGACAAAUGCUGUAUGCUCUACAAAUGUCUACUUUGAAAUUCACACUAGAAAUUAUGUUAAUUACUAUCAAACUAGAGAAUAUACCUAUAAGCAGCUUUAAUCAUUCUCCUCAAGGGUUAUCUCAUUGCGAGAGAG